AACUUUUGUUUUCUUUUAUAACUAAUCAAUCUCAACAACCAAAAAGUUUCCAGUCGUUUAUAGAUUUCACAACGAAGAAGAUGACUUUGCUUUUUUUGAUUUUUCUAUUAAUUUUGAAUUAUGUUGAUAGUGCUAGAAUAUUAUGUGUUUUCCAAAUGCCUGCGGUAAGUCAUCAACGAGUAUUUCAACCAAUAUGGCGGGAAUUAUCGUUAAGAGGUCACGAAGUCAUCGUCGUCACCCCCAAACCACUCAAAGAUCCUUCUCUGGUGAACCUCACCGAGAUCGACGUCGGCGGAUCAAACAACGAACUCAUACAAAGACACGGUUUCCAAUUUUUCAUGAACAAACAGAACGGCAUACAUACCAAAAUACCCAAGAUAUUCAAUAUGCAUUACGAUUUCGCGGAAGCCAUUUUGAAAAACGACCAAUUCAUCAAAAUUUAUAAUAAUACUGAAGAAAAUUUCGAUGUGGUUAUAGCUCAAACUUACAUAUCGCCGAUAUUAUACAGCUUAGCAGCGAAAUUUCGUGCGCCGUUGAUUGGUGUGUCCUCGAUGGGGGCCUAUAUAGGUAGUCAUUUCGCCAUGGGCAAUCCUAACCCACCGUCAUUGUAUUCAGAAAUGUUUCUACCCUACAACGGUCGUUUGACUUUCUACGAAAGAUUAAAGAGCAGUUUAUAUUAUGCGUUCGUUAGGUUUUAUCGCCAUUUUGUGAUUCUACCGAAAUCUGACGAAUUGGCUAGAAGAUACUUAGGAAACGAUUUGCCUUAUAUGGGGGAAAUUGAAGGGAAUAUGAGUCUAUUACUGUUAUCUACAAACCCCUUCUUGAGCCCACCCAGAUCGACUAUACCUACAAUUAUUAGUUUGGAAAGUAUUCAUGUUAAGCCCGUUGAGGCAUUACCCCGAGAUUUACAAACUUUUUUGGACGAAUCUAAAGAAGGAGUUGUAUACUUCAGUCUAGGAUCGAAUGUACAAAGUAUAAAUAUACCAGAACGAGUUAGAAAUAUUCUUGUAGAAAGUUUUGCGGAGUUGCCUUAUAAAAUUUUGUGGAAAUUUGAAUCUGAUACUUUACCUAAUCAACCAAAAAAUGUGAUUAUAAAAAAAUGGUUACCACAAAAGGACGUAUUAGCCCAUCCUAACGUAAAAGUUUUCCUAUCACAAUGCGGUUUACAAUCAACCGAAGAAGCCGUAUCGAGAGCAGUACCUAUAGUUGCUAUACCUUUCAUAGCUGAUCAAGAAAUGAACGCUAAACGGUUAUCAGAGGAUUUAGGCGUAGCUAUUCAUUUAGAUUUCGUAACUUUCACAAAACAACAAUUAACAGCAGCCAUAAUCGAAGUAGCAGAAAAUCCAAAAUAUAAAAAAAAUAUGGAACGUUUACGAGACCUAUGGACAGAUCAACCUAUGAAGGCCUUAGAUAGGGCGAUGUGGUGGAUAGAAUACGUCAUUAGGCAUAAAGGAACAAAACAUUUAAGAAGCCCUACAGCAGAUAUAUCAUGGAUAGAAUAUUUAUUACUAGACGUCAUCGCUGUUAUCGUAUUUACUUUUUACGCUUUUAUACAAAUAAUUAAAUUAAUUUUUAGACUAAUAUUUAACAAAAAUUCACAAAAAAAGAAACAAUCUUAAUAAUGUUGAAUAAAUCAUUUUUUUAUCACGAAAA